AUGGAGAUUUGCAGCGAGAGAGGCGGCCUCUUCGCCCAGGGCGGAGGCUUCAAUGACUGCUAUGCGCACGUCCUCCUUCAGGCUGCCGUUGCUGGACUGGCAUGCCUGGGUGUGCUCACAGGCUUCGUCAUCGUCCGUAGCAUGCCAAGGCUGAGAGUGCAGCGGACAACAUCCAUUGAUGGGUUUCGAUCAGCCUCCAGUGGCCUUCUGUUUUUGGUGGCGCUGGCAGAGUUCGUUGUUGGGGUGAGCUCGGUUGAUGUGGUGAAUCCAUCGCAAGGGGUCGGCGGCGCCUGCCUUGCUGCUGCUGCCAUGGUGGUGGGCUUUUGGCAACUGCAGGAGGUGAAGCGCGGUCUGGUGGAAAGUUUGGGUUUAAAGCUCUGGUGGGUGCUGGCGACGCUUGCACAGGUGAUCACCACCUACGACCGUGCUUCGAAACCUGGCGGAAUACCGCUGGCCUUCGAAGCAGUGGAGCUCCUACUAUGCGUGGCAGCCACGUCGGCCUAUUUGGUGCCUUCUGGACGCCGUGGCUCGACACGAGAACCUCCGUUGCUCAGCGAGGAGGACGGAAUCUCCAUGGUUGGCAGUGGCCGGUUUGCACGAAGCCUGAGCACGCGCGAGCCCUCCCCCGAGGACCAAGUAGGACUCAUCGGAUGGAUGGCGUUCAGCUGGUUCACGCCAAUUGUGGACUUGGCAUUCCAGCGUGACAAGGAAAGUGGCAAAUUGGAGCCCACCGAUGUGUACCCGCUGACGAGCAGAAAUGUAGCCCACAAACAGCUCGAACGUUUGGAUCAACAGUGGCAGGUGGAGCUGCAGAAGGAGAAGCCGGCUCUUCUCUCAGCUAUGACGCGGGCAUUCUUCACAGAGGUCUUCAGCACCGCCUGGGUGAAGCUGUUGAACGAUGUCCUCCACUUCGUCGGGCCUUUCUUGUUGAACAGGAUCAUUAACUUUGUGAAGGGCACAGGCGAAGAAGCUGGAGAGGAGCAGUGGGUUGGCUAUGCUUAUGCAAUUGGAAUGGUACUCUCAUCGGGGUGCCAGGCAUUCCUGAUGGCUCACUAUUUCCAGGGAGGGUACCAGACUGGGAUGCGAUUGCGCACGGCCCUCAUCCUCAUGUCCUACAGCAAGGCUCUUCGUGUCCUGCCCUGGCCAAGCCCAGCGCCUCCUGAGCCCCAACCGGAGCCCUCGGAGACCCGCCGCUGCUGCAAGAAGACGAAGUCCAAGAAGCCCAGCCUUCCAACCGGCGGCAUGGGGCAGAUGACGAACAUCAUCUCUGCUGACACGGACAAGUUUACCUUCCUGAUGCCAUACUUCAACCUCAUUUGGUCUUGCCCGUUGCAGAUCAUCAUUUGCUUCGUCAUGCUCUUCAACUACGUGAGCUGGUCUCUGCUUGCCGGUGUGGUGGUCAUGGCUGGCUUCACCGUUCUCUCCAGCACGGUAGCUGGGAAGGCCCGGAAAAUCCAGCAGGAGGCCAUGAAAGCCAAAGACGAGCGUCUGAAAAUGGAGGUGGAGCUCCUGAAGAUUGUGAAGAUCAUCAAGUUCUAUGCCUGGGAACUAGCCAUCGAGGACAAGGUGAAAGAGCUUCGCGACAAGGAAUUGGUCCUGCAGCUGCGCUACAAGCUUUGGAACGUGGCGCUCUUCUUGUCCUUCUCUCUCAGCCCCGUCCUGGUCGCCCUGGGAACGUUUGCAUGCUACACGCUUGUGGAAGGGAAGAACUUGGAUGCAGCCACCGCAUUCACGGCCUUGAGUCUUUUCAACAUCCUAUCAUUCCCACUAGGCGCUAUGCCUAUGAUGGCCCGCUUCUUCAUGGAGGCCGCGGUCGCGAAGGACCGCAUCGAGGCAUUCCUGCUGAGCCCAGAGGUUUCGGCGCGACCCACGCCAGUCUUGACCUCCGGUAAUGCUGUGGAGAUCAAGGCCUCCAAGCUCCAAUGGCCAGACAAGACACUUUUGUUGGAGGAGGUGCAAAUCUCGGUUGGCAAGGGCGAGAUGCUGGUGGUCGUGGGGAAGACAGGUGCUGGCAAAUCUGGGCUGCUCUAUGCGCUGCUGGGCGAGCUGCCCAUUGCUGCCGAGGAGGGUAAGACCUACUUGACGGGGACCGUGGGCUACUGCGCGCAGAGUGCUUGGAUCCGCAAUGCGACGUUGCGCGACAAUAUCACCAACAAUGCUUCGCUGGAAGCUGACGAGCGCUAUGAGGCGGUGUUGGAUGCAUGUGCAAUGCGGGCCGACUUGGAGGUUUUGCCGCAAGGGGACCAGACUCUCAUCGGAGACCGUGGCAUUAACUUGUCAGGUGGGCAGAAGCAGCGUGUGGCAUUGGCCCGCGCCGUCUAUGCCAAUCCGGACAUCUACGUCCUGGAUGAUGUGCUUUCGGCCCUGGACUCCCACGUGGCAAGCCACAUAUGUAGCAAGCUGCUUCGUGGACCGCUCUUAGCUGGUAAGACUGUAGUGCUGGUCACGCACUCUCCGAAGGCAGUCCCUCUAGCCAGCCGAGUCGUUUGCCUGGAGUCCAAGAAGGUGUCCUUCAACGGAAGCUAUGAGGACUUCAAAGGCUCUGGCGCCAUGAGCGAGGAGGUGGUCCACGAUGAUGAAAACGAGUCUGAGGAAAAGGAGGAGAAGGAUGAGACCAAGGAGAAAACUGUAGCCAAGGAUACCAAGGAGAGCAAGGCUGAGAGCAACGUCGCCAAGAAGGAUUCCAGUCCCAAGAAGGCUGCCGCGCCUACCCACGAGGAACGGCGCAGCGGGGCGGUCAGUUGGCAGGUCUAUGGAGCGUACGCGAAGGCCUGCGGAGGCCUUCCUUCAGUGGGAACCUUCCUCUUGGCUGUGGCCAUCUCUGAGGGAUCAAGGAACUUCAGCGACGGAUGGCUGGCACAUUGGAGUGGCACACCGGGCGGAGGCACCGCCAGUGGGCUCGGGAUCUAUGCUCUUGCAGCGUUCAUAUGCCUGGUUACAGGCAUUGCAUACUCCACAUGUCGUGUCCUCGUUGGCCAGCGCGGGUCGCGGGUCUUGCACGAGCGAUGCUUGCAUGCACUGUUGAGAGCACAAAUGUCCUUCUUCGACCUGACGCCCAACGGUCAGAUUCUGAACCGCCUAGCUGAGGACACCAACAUCUUGGACUACAACUUGCCACAGACGAUGUCCGCUAACAUCAUUUGGUUUUGGCGGGCAGCUUCCAUCGUGGUGGUGUGCAUGCUUGUGGGAUGGUACUUGAUCAUCCUGAUGGUGCCCAUGUUUCUUCUGUACGCGCGCCUGGCGAAGAGGUAUUUGCCGGCAACACGAGACCUCCGACGACUUGACGCGGCGGCGCGCAGCCCCAUUUUCAGCCACUUUUCGGAGUCCAUGCAAGGCGUUUCGACCAUCCGUGCCAUGCAGCAGCAGGAACGAGCGCUGCACACCAACAUGACCAGGCUGGAGAGCCAAAUGGAGGCCUACUACCUCAGCAACACUGCAGCUCGUUGGCUGAGCCUGCGCUUGCAGUUCAACGGCACCAUCCUGGUAGGCGCCGUGAGCAUUUUGGGCAUUUUCCUCUCUACCAACAAGCAGGUGUCUGCAGGUCUCGUGGGGUUGGCCAUCACUUAUGCACUUCGCCUCACAGACACCUUGAACCAGGUGAACCGCGAGUCAGCCGACAGGGAGACGCAGAUGGUCUCCGUGGAGCGCGUGCAGAACUACGUGACCAAUGUGAAGCAGGAGGCGCCGCUGCGGCUUGCAAGCCCUGGAGAGAGCUGGCCCAGUCAAGGGAACAUCCAGGUGGACAAGGUGGUCAUGCGAUACCGCGAGGGCUUGCCCGUCGUUCUGGAUGAAAUCUGCCUUGACAUACAGGCUGGACAAAGAGUGGGAAUUGUCGGCCGCACAGGAUGUGGGAAAUCCUCCUUUCUGUCCACCUUGCUUCGGCUGGUGGAACUCGAGGCUGGCUCCAUCGCCAUCGACAAUGUGGACAUAAGCAAGAUUGGGCUGCACGACCUUCGUAGCAAGGUAGCGAUGAUUCCUCAGGAUCCAGCAAUUUUGACGGGAACGGUUCGCUUCAACUUGGACCCCUUUGGCGCCAAAUCUGACGAGGAGCUUUGGGAGGUUUUGGAGAAGAGCCAACUGAAGCCCAGAAUCGAAAGCGCUGGAGGCCUUGACAGCAAGGUCGAAGAAGGUGGCGGCAACUAUUCUGUGGGUGAGCUGCAGCUGCUGUGCUUGGCGCGUGCGCUGCUGCGUCGGCAGGACACGGGUGGACUUCUCCUCCUCGAUGAGGCGACGAGCGCCUUGGACCAAGAGACGGACCAGACGAUUCAGAAGGUGAUCAGGUCGGACUUCAAAUGCACCAUCAUCACCAUCGCACACCGCAUCCAGACCCUGAUGGACUACGACAAGGUGGCCGUGUUUGAGGGUGGCAAGGUGGUUGAGUUCGACUCCCCCCAGGAGCUGUUGAAGCAGCCGUCCAAGUUUCAGGCUUUGGCAAAGGAGGGCGGGGUGCUGACAGCUUGA